AUGUCUCAAGCUCUCUCUGCACCGCGCUGGAACAAGCCCGCACCGAACCUCGCCAGCAUGCCCCUCGAGAUCCUGGAGAAAAUCAUCGGCUACGCGAUCCCUGACAGUAUCCGGAUCAUGAUCUGGAAUCUACCCUGCCGCGUCAUAUGGUAUUGGGAUCCCCCGCAGUGGCCUUGGGGAGCCACUGAACCGGCUGGACUACUCCUCGUCUCCAAGCAGGUUGGCCGUGUCGCUCGGAAAAUUCUCGCUCAGCGCUUCGAGCUACGAUAUCGUGGGGGUGGCGUCGAAGACCUCGUCAAUGUGUCUGGCGGAUACAUCCGCUUCAAAGGCAAUCUGAGUCUACCUCAUGUUCUGCUUAGAAUGAUCAGCUAUGUGCAGUUCACUGACAGACAGUAUGGACAGCCGGGUCGAGUGGCGAUCGGAACAUGGGAGUCGACGGGCGGCAAAGCUACGUCGAGCGUAAGCUACUGA